AGUCUUAACGACGUCCGCUCUUACAUUCGGAAUGACCUCGGUAGGGAUCAUAGGCUCUGGACAGUCUGGCUUGAUAACCGCCUAUACUCUUCAUCGCGAUGGAUUUAACAUCGAGGUAUUGACGAGGGACGUCAGCGUUGGUGGGGUAUGGUCAAAAGCGCGCGUUUACCCCAAUCUCCGUCUCAAUAAUGUUCACGGAGAAUACAGAUUCUCAAACCUUCCGAUGGACCUACCGCCGGACUCUGAGCAGACGGGAGGCAGGCUCACUGGGCCUGGCAUGCAGUGUUAUAUGGAGACUUUCGCAGACAGAUUCUUGAAUGGCUGUAUUCGAUUUCAAACCGAAGUACUUCAAAUCUCACGAGACGACGAAGCCCAACUGUGGCGCAUUGCCAUCCGAGAUAUCAAGAGUGGGUCCGAGACGACCUUGACUUACGAUAAAAUCGUUCUUUGCACCGGCGGCUGUAGCACUCCAAAGAUUCCCGACGUGUUGUCGCAACGUGCCGCUCAUGAUGCCGAGUUCGCCGGAAUGGUGUUCCAUUCAAUCCAUUUCCGAGCUCGCCUCGACGAGCUCUUAGCGUGGACUAAGGGUUCUACAGACUCCCAUUUGCCUAGCUCCACUCCGUCUGUCGUGAUUGUUGGAGGUGGUAAGUCUGCGCAGGAUAUCGCUGCAUACCUUGCGAACGAAGGUCGCAAAGUAUCCAUCGUCUUUGAGAAGGCGGACCCCUUCACUGCCGGCGCAAAGCCAUUGCCUGGCUUUAUUAGGAGAAGCAGGUUACUAUCGAUAUUUUCUCCCCACAUACAGCUAAACACCUGGCUCGAGUGGUUCCUUCACAAGACGUGGCUCGGGAACAAAAUUGUUUCUGGCAUGUGGGAUUCGAUGGCUACCGGUGCAUUUGAAGCAGCUGGUGUACCAGAAGAUUCUCCUUUACGCCGCACCCAUUCGAUGUUUUGGUCCAUCCGCACGAAUGACGAAGGUGUCCCACGUCCGAAUGGGUUUCACGCUUUAGUCAACGAAGGCAAGAUCGACCUAAUCGCACCGACACGAGUGGAGAAUUACGGCACGGACGGUCACUCCGUCGUUCUCAAGAACGGUACGACCUUGCGCGCGGACGCAGUCAUCCUCGCGACUGGCUACUCAUCGUCUUGGGAUCACCUCUUCGAUGAUCAUACAAGCGAGAACCUUGGGCUCAUGCGUCACCCACCUAUGGGGUCAAAGACUUAUAAUUGGGGCUACACGACACUAGCCAACCCGCCUUCUGCUCACCCACAGGAAGACCAAUGGGCUUCAUCAAUUUACCGUGGUCUAGUGCCUGUCAAAAAUCUGCUCCGUCGUGAUUUCGCCGUCAAUGGCGGUAUUUUUUCACCAAAUAACGGCUACACGUGCGAGGUUGCCUCACAUUGGAUAUCGUCUUAUUUCCUGGGGGAUUCGAUGCGUUUGCCUUCGACGCUCGCUGAGGGAUACGAACAUACCGAGCGUAAUGCGGCCUGGAUGCGCCGAAGAUAUCCAGAUCAGUUAUUGUGGAUGGAUGAGAGCUACACGACUUCGAUCGCUUGGUGGACCUGGCCACAGGUCGUCGACGAGCUGCUCGAAGACAUGGGGCUGCGCUCCAUGAGAAGUGGGGGGAACUGGUUGACUUGGCCUUUUAAGGUCAUAGAUUUGAGCGAGAUCGCUACUCUCAAGGAGGAACGUGAUGCGAGGCAAGGUCGUUGACCUCUCAUCUUUGGCUUUUCGUUCUCUUGGAAAUCAUGUUGGAUUGAGGUCUCCUCGACGAGUUUUCCUGUAUCAUAUAUCCUGGCCUUUGAGCUCUAUCUUGUUCAUCCUUCGGAAAG